AUUAGACAAGUUUCGCGUGUUGUGUUCCUCGUCUCGGCGGUGGUGCUGGAUGCCAGCGAUCUAGAGAGUACUACGGGGAACGGGAGGAAAACGCGAACGGCGACGGUGACGAGCGUCACGGGUGGAAAACGCGUGUCGUUGAAACGACGUGUGUACGACGUGCUUCCGAUGAGAAGGAAAUUUUCGACAAAGGUGAAACGAUAGUGAGAGGUACGCUCGCCGCUCGCCGCUCGCCGCCACUAACUCGCUAGUCUCGCUACUCGCGUGAGCAAUGGCGCGAGCGCCUCGACGCGCCGCGGGACCAACGACGACAUCGACGACGAAGACGAAGACCACGAUGAUGACGAUGACGACGACGACAACGACGACGACGGUGACGACGUGUGCAGCACGGUGCGGCAGAUGAUAUUUCGGCGCCCGACGGUCACCGCGUGCCGCCGCGUGUAUGUUGUUUACGUUGCGCGCGAGGAUCUACCGCUGUUCGCGUUACGACACGGCGGCAGCGCACCGCACGGCCCUCGGAAGGACCUUGGACGCGAGCCGCGUCGUCAGCCGCCAUGAGACGCAUUAGCGUUGGCGGUAUGAGCCGGCCGUCCAAAGCCGUGACUCAAGCGAAGAAAGUAGCGCCACCGGCUGUACCAGACGUGUUUCGACACUCCGGCUCCUCUUUUGGCUCGGCUGGAUAUGCCAGCAGCGAGGAUAGCUGUUUUCUAUCUGGAAGCGGCCCCGGAGGCACGGCGGACGAUGGUUCCUACGGGAUGCCAUCUGGAAAGAGUCCGGGACCUAUUUUUACGCAUUCGGGCUUUGCCUUUCCGCCGGUGAUCGGCAAAUAUGCCCACGCCGAGGAUCAAGGUAUCGAUAUGACCCAGAGUCCUGGUAGAGAUAGUCCUGGUAGUUCCGGAUCAGGUUCCGGUUCUAGGCAUUCUACCGCAUCAUUGGAUUCCGGAAGAGCAUCUGGAUAUCACUUGGGACCUAGAGGACCCGGUGCUCUCGCUUCGUCUCCUAGAUGCUCCAUUAGUUCUCUUGGGAGUCAUCCUGACCGACCGGCAGACCUCGACGUCGUUCAUGCUUGGUUAACCGAGCUCCAAUUUGAGGAGUACUUUCCUUUGUUCGCUUCCGCAGGUUAUGAUCUUGCUACCAUAACGCGCAUGACACCGGAGGAUCUCACGGCUAUAGGUAUCAAGAAACCUAAUCAUAGGAAAAGACUAAAAGCGGAAAUAGACAACUUGAAUAUUGGAGAUGGAUUACCAGAACAUGUACCCGGAUCGCUGGAAGAGUGGCUUAGACUUCUCAGGCUUGAGGAGUAUCUUGGUGCUCUUCAUCAACAGGGUAUGCGAUCCGUCGAGGACGUGACGACUCUCACUUGGGAGGACCUUGAAGACAUUGGUAUCGUACGAUUAGGGCAUCAAAAAAAAUUAUUGUUAGCAAUUAAGAGAGUCAAGGAUAUUCGCGCUGGCAAGCGUAUACAACCACUUGACCUUGCGCGUCUGCCGCCACAUCCUGGACAUACGCAGGACGUUGUUAUUCAACGAGGUGGACCUGAUUUGCCAUCGCCUGAUGAAGAUUGUUCCUCGCCUGUACUUAGAUCUUUUCAAAGAGGUGGAAGUGACACUACUUCUGGUGUCGCUUGGAAAAGUAUGUACGCCGCAUUUCCAACUGAUUACAAUACAGUCGGUCGUACUAGCUCCCGAGGAAAAUCGUUGGAAAGUUUAGAAGAUGCGCCUCUCGGUUAUCCUCCAUCGCCGGCGCCAAUAUCGCAUCCGCAACCCCUCGAUUGGCGUCCACGUAGCUUCGAAGAUGGCGAUCUUACGCCCACAAAUGACGCUUCCGUUAUCGAUGCCGGUGGCGGCACUCUUCCACGACCAAGACAUUGCCUCGUUCGUCCACGGCCCGUAGCCAAGGUCACUGCAACACCAGGACAAUAUAAAUCCUUGCCGAGAGACUUGGAUAAUAAGUAUCAAUUAACGUAUGGGCUCGAAAGUAGUCCACAUCUUCCGAAACGAUGUCCUCCAUCACCUCCAAGACGACAAAGCUCCAGAGACACUAGUUCUUCCGUUGGUAGUUCAGCGGUCGGUGACGUCGUGAUAGACUGCAGCGGACCAGUGCCAACCGCUUCUUGCGACGAUCAUCACAUUCAUCAACAUCAUCAUCAGCAUCAUCAUCCUUUGCUUCAUCAUCCACCGCCACCACCGCCGGCGCCCACGCCAGCACCUUCCACACCGUCACAACUAAAUCGACCGUCUUCUUCCAUGUCACGUUCGUGGGGUAGCGUUAGCGUUAAUAUUAACGAAGAACACGAACUAAUCGCGACUCUCGCCCUACAGCAUCGCAAUGGAUCAGAUGCUAGUUUUAAAUCGAGUUCUAGUACGGAAUCAGAUUCAUUGCCAUUUGCCAAUGAGAAUGCUGGUACGAUAAAACAAAGGACCAGUCGAGCACAAGAGUACAUGGCGGGCGGUCCUAACAGUAGUAUCGGUGGUCAUAUAGUGAAUCAUCAUUCCAACGGCGGUGAACCUGCGGAUGUUUUGAACGAUAUUGGAAAUAUGCUUGCCAAUCUUACAGACGAGCUCGACGCAAUGCUCGAAGAGGAAAAACGCCAGGGCCUGAACUCAUAAUCGUCACUGCCUUCGUUUGCAUUUUUCUAUUUGACAUAAAGUUGCCAUAGGAAUGCAGGCUUUGAUAUAUGAAGUAAAUAUAUUUGAUUAGUGCAUCGUACACAAUUAGACACGAGUGAAUGCAGUUCGCGACAGAAUAAACUGGUAUGAAUCGUGUUGAUACUCGAGAGAGUAUCUCGAAUUCUAAGAUUCUUAUAAAGACAGAAAUAUUUACCGAUAUAAAUCUAUAUAUCUUCGUUGCAAAAAGAACAAAAUCUUCUAUUUCACAAAAAAAGAAAACAAACGAUAUAUUACCGCUCUCGAUGAGAAUAUAUUAUUUCGUAUUAUGUAGAUUAAUGCAUAUCCAAAAUGUAUUUUUGCGUGAUUUAUAUUUUACUUUGAUCUUUUUUUGUUUCUCUAACAAAAGAGAAAUACUUUUUACUCUUGUAUGGAAACAUUGAAUGUUUCCAGCAAGUUUUCAAACGCAGCUGUGGUAUUGUAUCUAUUAGUGGUAUUACACAUUUUUUUUCCAUUUCCAUUUAAUGUAGUUAUAGGCUUGUAUUUUUUUAUUAUCCUCUUUUUCUUUUACAAUGGACAAUAUUAGAGAUGAGUGAUAAUAUAAUAAAAUUGUCGCUCUAUUCUAUAUAAUAAAUUAGGGCAACCCAGUAUUCGAAGAAAUAUGAAAUACUGAUGUGGCAGGGGGAGGGGAAAGGAAAGAAAUGUUUUUAAUAAAAACAGAUAUAUGUAUACAAGUAUGAUUUAUGCCACAGAUGGUGCUGCAAAAAAUUCGAAGAGAACACAUGUGUUUUCUGUAGCCAUUUUAUAUCUGUAACAAAUUUGUAACUAAUCAAACCUAACCCCUCUUCUCGACAAAUUUGGUUUUUGUUAAUAGACGUACAUUCCAAUUAAUAUUUUUCCAUUUCCGUCCUUCGUUAAAUCGAUAAUACGAUAGAGAAAAUUUUGUACUCAUAGUUGACUUGUAUAAAAGCAAGGUGCAAAGAAAGAUAAUCAUGUGUUCCAUCGCCCGAAUAAAGCAGCUCCAAACAGCUUUAGAGACAUAUUCACAUAGGGAGGGAGAUUGUUACAAUGGUAAAAAAAACAAAAAAACAAAAAAAACAGCCUUGGCUGAACCCUGGCGAGUUUAUAGGCUUUUGUACAAUGUUAAUUUUUUUUUAAGGAGAUUAAACAAGACAUUCUGACGAUACUUCAACGAGAGUUCUAUAAGAGAUGCUAUCGAUAGUGUACUUAGAGUUUCAAGGCAAUAUGGUUUAGUACAGAAGUAUAAGUAAUGUAUGCCAAUUAACAAUUUUAUAUUUAUUAUCUGUAUUAAUGAACAUAGAAACGUACAUAGCUUACCAUUAUUGUACGACACAUCCAGAAAUGCAAAGCGGUUGGAGAGUAUUCGUACAUAUUGAAUCAAAGUGGUAGCUGUGGGGACAUUUUUAAGAUAGAAGAGAGAUCGAGACGGUCUUCUGAAAAUGCGUAUUACUGGUACGUUUUUGCGAUCUGGAUGUAACAUUUUGCGAGAAAUUUUUAUAAGGUACUAUAUAUGACGUAUAGUAUUGGAAGAGAGAGAGAGGGAGUUAAUAUUAUAUUGAAAACAUUUUUUUAUCUGUCUUUGCAAUAACUCGCUGCAAAUAAAAGAGAUAUUAAGAGUUCCUCGAGACAACAAAAAUGUAAAAAUAUUACAUUAAACACUCUUAAUAUUUCGACACAAAAAAUGUUUUUGUACUAUGUCCAUGCGCGAGUAAAUUUAUAUUUAUAAUUUGAUACUUAUACGUGUAUAUUAAUACAUGUUACAUAUUAUUAAUAUUUGCUUCAAAAGUUAUUUAUAUGCCCAUUUCUAUAAAGAAGGAUCACUUUACGUACCAGUUUUGGUGACUUAAAAUGCAAAAUGCAUGAUUUAUGAUAAAAUGUAUAUUAUUGUAAUACUAUUUUUGCGUGACGCAUUCUAUUUUUAGUUCUAACGAUUGUUGUUUGUAACGAAAUUUACAAUCGCGCUCCACAAAUAAGGGAAGAACACCUGGUAAAACGUAUAUAGAGUUUCAAAGUAUAUCAUUAUUACUUAGAAUUAAUUAAUGAAAGAUGAAGACUGCCCAGUGCAGAAUUAGAGAUUUGUCUUGUUAAUUACUGUAGAUGUAUUAUAAUUCUAUAUAAUAUAUGUAUGUGUAUACAUAUGUGUAUGUAUUUUUUGUGAGCAUAUACAAGGUGUUCAAUUUCAAUUGUCUGGGACAAUUAAAACGGAACAUCCAGUAUAUAUGUAUAAAUACACACAUACAUACACACAUACAUACAAAAUAUCCAAUCACCUUUUUAAUAAUAUUCUUUGACCAAUUUGUAAUUUUUUUUAACAAGAUUGAGGAAUCAUAACUUAUCCCCCCCCCCUUUUUUUUAAUCACAAUGUAUAUGUUUAUAAUUAAGCCGUAAAUUCAAAUUCUGUGAAAGUAAGUUUCAUUUUAUAUAAGAAAAGUAGUUUUGUUUCUAUCUACCUUUUUGAAAUUUAAUUUACGAUAAAUUUGCUUUUCAAUGACUAAUUCGUAAAUUGUUAAUUGAAAAUUAUUGACGACUGUAGAUUUGCAAUUUGGUAUUAUCCUUAUAAUAUAUAAAGAAAAUUUGAUUAGUUACGUUGGUCAAAGAAUCUAUUAUUAGAAAUUCAAGUUUUUUUUUAGGAUAUGUAUAUACAUAUAUGUAUGUAUAUACACCAUUAGCAAGCAGUGACUUUAUAAGGGUAUAUUCUCCACAAUACAUCGUCUUCGAGAGAUAUGGCUAAACUGUUGUUUAUACAGGGAAAUCGCACUAAAUGGUUAUACAAUUGACAUGCGAUUUAACGCGAAUAAGUUAUGGCAGAUUGUAGAUUUGUAUUGUAAUUUGAUAUUUAUAAUAAUAUAGAAAUGCGCAAUUAUACGAUCAAAUCAUAUCUAAUAAUUUUGCGCCAUGAAAACUACAACAUUAUCAUAUACACAUAAUGAUUGUUUUUUCGUAAUCAAAUUAUCACGUCUUGUUUACAUUUUAUCCUAUAUACUUUGUACCCCGAUAAAUAUUUAAGUUGUUUAAAAUUUAUGUUACAAGUGUUAUAAAUCAAUAAAAGAGUUAUAUCAUUGCAUAUCGUAAUAGCAGACUUGCAAUUGAUUGUGUUAAAAGAUGUGUAAAUUAAAUUUCGGAAGAAGGCACACAUUAUUUUACUUCAUUUUUUAAAUAUCUUGGCAAAUAUAUAUAAUCGCGUAAUAAUAAAUAUUUUUUCUACACUUUCACUACACAGUAAUGUGAAAUACUAAUGUUCCCGCUUUUCUUGUUAAUGUCAAACAGUCAUUUAAAUAUAUAAAGGUGUACUGAUUUUAAAUGUUAUGUGUGUUAUAAGAGAGCGUAUAACAGAAAGCACCAUAACGAUACCAUAUUAUCAAUUAUUAUCGAGCUAUUUAUUACAUGAAUUUAUUUUUUAAUUGCGUUCCAGCUACAGACAGUGUACUUGUACAAUAUACAAUAGUUUAUACAUGAUGUUUCUUACUAACGAUAAAACAUAAAUUAUACUUUUAUGAUAGUUAUAUCUAUUUAUCUGUUAUAUGAAGAAAUAAGCAGAGAAAAAGGGAAAGAGAAGAAGAAACAAGACAUAAGCGAAAAUUAUUUUACACACUUGCAUUAACGCAAAAAAUUGCAAAAGAUUGAAGUAAUAUUCGAUUACUGAGUUGAUAAAAAGCAGCGAAUACUGGUUCUUCCGUAGAUGGAAAAAGUGAUUUGUAUCAUUUGAGAGAAAUAUUGUUAUUUUUCACGCAGACAUAAAUUGCAACUUCUUUGGUAUAGUACCUAACAAAAACGGGGAGGAAAUUGUUUCGUCCUCUAAUUUGUUUUUCCAAUUUCAAAUAUUCAGCAAUACGAAAUUAAUUUAUGCUGGUUUAGGUAGGCUAAGCAAAUUAAUUGACUUCAACACAUUGCUUCUAUAUGGUGUAUAAACAGACAUGUACAUUAUAUUAAUUAGUUUUUUUUUUAGUAAUUUUUGUACAAGCAUGUGUUGCAUGUUACAGUCUUAUUAUAAUCUCGCUUAUAGCCCGCCUAACUCGCAUUGUAUAAUCUCUCUUCCAUAUUAAUUUAUAGUAUAUUAUUUGGUUUAUCGAUUAAAAGAAAGGUGGUUGAUCUUCAAAUAAAGUUAAUAGACACAUUUA